AUGGCUCCUGGUUCUACAACGAGGAAGCUUGGAAGCUUGAUGCUCGCUGGGAAUGGCUACUUUGGCCUUUCAAAAGAGAUGAAAACGAAUGGUGAUGGACUGGGAGGGGAGAAGGGAAGCCAUGGUGAUGGACUGGGAGGGGAGAAGGGAAGCCAUGGUGAUGGACUGGGAGGGGAGAAGGGAAGCCAUGGUGAUGGUUAUUGGGAGAGCUGCUGCAGCUGGGAGGGUGGUCGUGGGCGUGGGUCUGAGAAUGAGAAGGAGAAGAGUGAUAAGAGCGAGAAGAGUCAGAAGAAUGGCGAGACUGAUAAGGGUGGCGGCGGUGGUGAGAGAAAUGGGAGUGAGAUUGACAAGAGUCACAAGACUGAGCUUGUGAAGAGUGAGGAGAGUGAGAAGAAUGAGAAGAGUGGGAAUGAGAAGAAUGAGAAGAAGGAAGUUCAACACGAGGCGGUAGUGCCAAUGGAGGAAGACUCAGCACCACAGCCUGCUGCCAAGGGUGCAACCAACGGUACUGGCGGUAAAGAGGAAGAAUAUAAGGGGAACACUCUGGAGGCGAUGCAAGUGGAAGGAGAGGGAGAUGAUGCGGGAGGCUGCAGGGGCAUGGAGGAAGUUGCGAGUACACCGGAGCUUGAGAGGGAGGUGAAGGGUGCAACUCAGGCGUCUAGCAGCAGCAGUGAUGGCAGGGGGUUUAAACUGGAUGGCAUGCUGAGUCAGCAAGGGAGGGAGCCUGUGAUACUGGCCAGCAUGCUGACUCAGCAAGGAAGGGAACCUGUGGUGGCAUUGGCCGGCAUGCUGAGUCAGCAGGGUGUGGAGCUGGUGAUACCGGUGGCCGGCUUGCUGAGUCGCUGCUCGACAAAUGAGGGGGCGAUGAAUGGCAAAGAGUUAGUGCGCCGUGACAGUAACAGUUACAUGGACAGCGCAGCUCCAGCCCAUGGUAAGGGCGAAUGCGUGGAUGAAGGAGACGCAGGAGAUGCAGGGAAAGCGGGCAAAGCAGGGAAAUCUGAGGAGGAGGUCACAGACAAGAAACAGCACCACCAGCAGCACCACCACCACCACCAGCAGCACCACCACCAGCACCACCACCACCAGCAGCAGCACCAGCAGCAGCACCAGCAGCAGCACCAGCAGCAGCAGCAGCAGUCAUGUGCCACCCCUUUCCUGAAAUCCCCCCAACCCUCCUCCCGAUCACCCCUCUCCCCGCCUUCCCCAUUGCAACGCUUCUCCCCCCUCCAUCGCUCUUCAACCCUCAACCACCCCUCCACUCUUCACCACUCCUCCCCUCUCUCCCCUCCUUCGCCCCUCCACCGCACCUCCCCACUCGCCCCUCCUUCCCCCCUCCACCGCCGCUCCCCUCUCACCCAUCUCCACCACUCCUCACCUCCCACCACCCUUCUAAACCACGAGCUCGCCCAUUUCUUCUCCUUACCUGAGCUUGAUGCCUCUAUGCUUCACAGUAACUCCUCUCCCUGCGUUCUCCCCCUUGACCUCUCCCCGAGCCUCUCCAUGCCGAACCAGCCUGCACCGAACCUGGACCACAUGCCGAGCCUGAGCUUGCCACCCCCGGCAACAGGCUUGGGAGAAGGUGGGGAGGCUGGGCAUGGGGCGUUGAGGCUGGAAGGGGGAAAGAAGGGUGGCAGUAUAGGUGGCGAUAUGGGCGAUGUGGGUAAUGGUGAUGUGAGAAAUGUGCGAGGAGGUGACAUGAUGACGUGUGGUGGAGCAGGGGUGCAAGAUGAUGCUGUUGCUGGCGCUGGUGCUGGUGCUGGUACUGCUGUUGCAGCAAGUGCAGAGCAGCAACAGCAGCAGCAUCAGCAGCAGGUGGUAGAGAGAGUGGAUCAACAGAGGGUCCACGAGGAGAGGGAGAGGAACAAGGCCAGGUGGAAGGGGCUCAUUGCAUCUCAUCCUCUUUAUAAGCAGAUGCUCAACGCACAUGUGGCAUGCCUUGAGGUGGCGACGCCACUGGACCAGCUGCUGCUGAUUCAGGUGCAGAUGGAGCGAGCUGAUCUCGUUGCCUCCACCUACACUCGCAUGCUCCACGCCACCUCGGCUCCCCCCACCAAGGGUGCCAACACCAAUGGUACCAAUGAUACCUCUGCUAGGACUGCAAAAUCAGAUGCCGCAGCUGCUGUCGCUGGUUCUCCCUCUUCCGCUCACAAUGCCUCAGCAGCAGCAGCAGCAGCAGCAGCAGGAGGAGGAGGAGGAGGAGGAGGAGGAGAAGAAGAAGGUGUGGCUGGGGAUAAGGUUGCUGGCAAUGGGAACGUGCCAUGUGGCGGUCAGGGAUUGGCGUCUGUAUCGGAAGAAGCUGAGCUGGACAAUUUCAUGGGCCAGUUUGUGGGGCUGCUGCGGGCAUUCAAGGAGCAACUGGAGGAGCACAUCCGGGUGCAUGCCAGGGAGGCCGUUACCACCUGCGCCCGCCUCAAACACGCCGUUGCUGCUGCUGGGGGCGCUGCUGCUCACAAGCUUGCUGCUUCUGGUGCUACCAUGUCAGAUGAUGGGGGCGGGGGAGGAGGAGGGGAUAGGCCCAGCAGCAAUGGGGGCAUUAGAGCCCUGGAGGACUCAUGCAACAGCCAUGGGAAUGGGCAUGGGCAUGGGUAUAACAAUAGUCAUGGCAGCGGUUACAAUAGUCAUGGCAGCGGUUACAAUAGCCAAGGGAAUGGGUAUAAUGACCAUGGUCACCGUCUCAACUCCUUCAUGCCUGUUGCUGCUGGUGGGAGUGGCAGUGGUGGCGGCGGCGGCGGGUGUAGCAGCAUGUCAGGCUCGUUUCACUGUCAGCUCCAGGGUUACUCGCAGCAAAAUCAUCCCCACCACCACCACCAUCAGCAGCAACAGCAGCAGCAGCAGCAACAGCAGCAGCAGCAGAAUCAGCCCCUCACCCUCCUCCCACUCCCUCCUCCGCCACACCCUACCACGGGCAUGGGCGGGAGUGCAUGCAUGGGUGCACCCAUGGCAUUCGGGGCAAUGCAGGGCAUGGGGGGGCAUGGCAGCAUGGGGACACAUGGCAGCAUGAGCAUGGGGACACAUGGCAGCAUGAGCAUGGGGAUGGGCACGGACAUGGGCAUGGACAUGACAGGGAGCAUGGGCAUGAGCAUGGGCAUGGGCAUGGGCAUGGGGGGAGCACAGGACAGGAGUGCGGUGGAAGAAGCACUUCACAAGGAAUACGGCAGAGAGGGGUUCCGCGCUCGCCUGCUGGGAGUGAGGGAGGAGAUCAUGCGCAAGAGGCGUGCAGGGAAGCUUCCAGGAAACACCACGCAGGUGCUCAAGGCGUGGUGGAACGAGCACAUCCAGUGGCCCUACCCCACGGAGGAGGAGAAGGCACGUCUCAUGGCACAGACGGGGCUGGAGCUGAAGCAGGUGAACAACUGGUUCAUCAACCAGCGCAAGCGCAACUGGCAUGGUAACCCUGCUGUCGCAGCAGCGCAGCACAAGGGGCCGAAACAGGCCAAGCGUAAAUGA